GUAGCAGAUCCCUCCCCCUCUGCGUCCACCUUCGCGGUUCUCUCCAAAAAGGCUCUGCUCGCCACUCCAUAGAAGCUGCUGAAUUUCAAGUCAAAUUUUCAUUUUCCUCUUCAUCAUCAUCAUCAUCUUCUUCUUCUUCUCCGUCUUCAAUCUCCUCUGUUUCGUCUUCGCUCUGUUCUUAUACUCUUCAAGUCUCUGAUUCCGAUCUCGAUCCAGGACUCCUCAGCAUUCCGGCGUCCUCCGCCGACUAUCUCCGCCGCCGAAAUCGUUUUCCGCCGUCCAUCCGGUGGGAAGCAACCGGAUAACUGGUUUCAUCUCAUGCCCUUGUGGACCCAGUAGAGUCUAAUUCGCUUUCGUGCGGUUCCGUCACUGGAAAAUUCCCGACGCUAUGCAGCAAUCUGGAUACGAUGUUAAUAAUCUCUACCAAGAAGCUCAGACCCGAUGGUUGAAGCCGGCGGAGGUGCUCUUCAUACUGCAGAGUCAUGAACGAUAUCAGCUAACACCUAAGGCUCCUCAAAAGCCAACCAGUGGUUCUUUGUUUCUUUUCAAUAAGAGGGUUCUUAAGUUUUUCCGCAAAGAUGGUCAUCAAUGGCGGAGAAAGAAGGACGGGAGAGCUGUUGCAGAAGCACAUGAACGACUUAAGGUGGGAAAUGCUGAGGCUUUGAAUUGUUAUUAUGCACAUGGAGAGCUCAACCCCAGUUUUCAAAGGCGUAGCUAUUGGAUGCUAGAUCCGGCUUAUGAGCAUAUUGUUCUCGUACACUAUAGAGAUGUAAGCGAGGGAAAGGAGGUGAGUGGCUUUUGUAACGUAAAUGGAAAUUUUAACCCGGGAAAACAAAGCAGUGGACAGAUUUUGCACUUCUCACUGAAUUCUUCCUCUUUCUUCUCAAGUCCGAGCUCCACCGGCACUCAGAAUACUACCCAUAACCAUUACGUCAGUGAUUCUGCUGAAUUUCGCCAGCAUUCAUCCAGUCCAGGCUCUGCAGAGGUUAGUUCAGAAACUGUGUUGAAGAGUAAUCAAGUUCCAACCCCAGCAGACAGUACAAGCUCUUCUGAAUUUGAAGUCAGGCAGGCCUUGAGAAGGCUCGAGGAACAACUGAGUCUGGGAGAUGAUAAUGUUGACAGUGUAGAUCCGCUUUUUUGUCAGAAUGAAAACAUAGAUAAUCUAGGAUUUCUGGAGUGUAGGGGGGAGAUCCCUGUCUCUGCUCAAACAACAACUGUACCUUACCAACCUGAGAGCAACAAACUAGAGAGAUGUUAUGGGGGUUAUGUCGGAAACCAAGACCAUUCUAACAAUCUCAUGCUCGUUAAGAAUGAUUCAGGUGGUAUAGAAGAAUCUGGAGAUGAAGAAACUGAAUCUUGGAAGGACAUGCUGGAGGCAUGUGAUGCUUCUCUAGUUCUUAACACCGAGGAAAUCGCACAUUCUUCAGAAAGAUUGCUGCCCGAAGUAGAAGACGAUUCCGACUGGAAUUAUAUCACUCAAACUGAGCCGCCUUCUUACUUGUUCCCUCGAGGACAUGCCUCUUUCGAAGUACCUGCAUAUUCUUCUGCACUAGAAGCUCAUGAAAACAAUGAUUAUGGAAUGAUGGGAGACCAAGGGCAAGUCGGGAUGUCUCUUGAACAGGAAGUGAGUCUGACGGUUGCGCAGAAGCAAAAGUUUACAAUCCAGGAAAUAUCACCGGAGUGGGGUUAUGCCAAUGAAACAACAAAGGUCAUAAUCGUCGGAUCAUUUCUCUGUGAUCCAACAGAAUCAACUUGGUCAUGCAUGUUCGGGAGUACUGAGGUUCCUCUUCAGAUCAUUAAGGAAGGCGUUAUUCGGUGUGAAGCCCCUCCCUGCCCCCCGGGAAAAGUCACUUUGUGCAUUACUUCCAGGAACCGGGUCUCUUGUAGUCAAAUAAGGGAGUUUGAGUAUCGAGAUAAGGCCAGCGAAUAUUGCACCAAGUGCAAUAUUCCACAGACAUCUAGCACAACAAUAAAUCCAGAUGAGCAGUUAUUACUCGUAAGGUUUGUACAAAUGCUUCUACCGGAUACACAAUCAGACAAAACAAAUAACCUAGAGCCCGACACUGAUAAAUGGAGCCAUGUCAUAGAAGCCAUCCUAGAUGGCAAUGCUACAUCACCGAGCACAGUUGAACGGCUCUUACAGGAACUGAUUAGAGACAAGCUGCAUUCAUGGCUAUCUUCCAGAUCUCAAAGAGAAGAGGAAGGAUCUCUUUAUUUGUCCAAGAAAGAACAGGGUAUUAUUCAUAUGGUUGCAGGGCUGGGCUUUGAAUGGGCACUGAACCCAAUUCUCAGUCAUGGAGUCGGUGUCGAUUUCCGUGACAUCAAUGGGUGGAGUGCUCUUCAUUGGGCUGCACGCUUUGGGAGGGAGAAAAUGGUGGCUGCCCUUAUAGCUUCAGGGGCAUCACCGGGAGCAUUGACUGAUCCCAGUUCACAAGACCCAAUCGGAAAGACUGCAGCUUCUAUAGCUGCUUCGAACGGUCACAAGGGUCUUGCAGGUUAUCUAUCAGAGGUGGCACUGACAAACCAUCUCUCAUCUCUCACACUUGAAGAAACCGAGAUUUCCAAAGGCACUGCUGAAGUGCAAGCGGAAAUAACUGUGAGUUCCAUCCCGAAUCCCAGUAGCGAGGAUCAGCUUUCGCUAAAAGACACACUGGCUGCUGUGAGAAAUUCUGCUCAAGCAGCCGCACGAAUACAAGCUGCUUUUCGUGCACAUUCCUUCAGAAAGAGACAGCAGAGGGAAGCAGCUAUGGCUGCGUGUUUACAAGAGUUCGGGAUCCAUUCUGGAGAUCUCCAAGGGCUCUCGGCUAUGUCAAAGUUAGCCUUUGGAAAUGCUCGGGAUUACAAUUCGGCUGCUUUAUCAAUUCAGAAGAAAUAUCGAGGCUGGAAAGGGCGUAAAGAUUUUCUAGCACUUCGCCACAAAGUUGUGAAGAUACAGGCUCAUGUGAGAGGUUAUCAGGUGAGGAAGCAGUACAAGGUGAUAUGUUGGGCAGUAGGAAUUCUAGAUAAGGUUGUACUGAGGUGGAGAAGGAAAGGCGCCGGGCUAAGAGGAUUCAGACAAGAUGCAGAAUCCACGGACGAGAGUGAUGUUGAAGAAGACAUACUCAAGGUGUUCCGGAAGCAGAAAGUCGACGAGACUGUAAACAAGGCUUUCUCUCGCGUUCUGUCCAUGGUGAAGUCUCCAGACGCCCAGCAGCAAUACCGACGCAUGCUCGAGAGAUACUACCAAGCCAAGGCUGAGCUUGGAACCAGUGAGAUAGCAGCAUCAGCAUCUGGGGAUGGUGAUGAUGAAUUGUUUGAUAUAUCUGACAUGUUAAAAGAGGAUUUGUUCAUGUUACCUUGAGAGAGCAAAUAUCAGAAAAGGGCUUUUUUUUGGGGGUAUAGUAUGUAAAUUAUGGGGUUUCCAAAGUGAUUAAUAGAUUCAGAGAUAAAUGGUUACACCAAAAGCUUUUAAAUUGUAAAUUCUGUAAAGUGCCCAUCUUUAUUAUAUAAAAAUAAAAUGCCCUGAAACAUUGCCCUAAAAUAAACUUUUUUCUCAUUUGGGCUGUGGGGAAAUUACUA